AGCGAGAGGGUCAAACUAAAAUGGCGUUUGUGGAAUUUGAUGUAUUUUUAUGAAUGUUUUAUUAUUUUUCUGACCAAGGAGUCGGAAGCAUUGAACGGUGGAUCCCGGAAAGCGAAUUAUACUUCCGCUGAGUUGACUCAACAUUUAAGGACAAUUUUUUUCUUGUAACAGUGUAGCAGCUUCGACCACCGGUGCAGCAGCAGCAGCAACAGUGCGGGAAUAGAGGCGACAAGAUGCAGACGAUAAAGUGCGUCGUGGUGGGCGACGGUGCCGUCGGUAAGACGUGCCUGCUUAUCUCCUACACCACCAACAAGUUCCCGUCCGAGUACGUGCCGACCGUGUUCGACAACUACGCCGUCACGGUGAUGAUCGGUGGCGAACCGUACACGCUGGGUCUGUUUGAUACUGCCGGUCAGGAGGACUACGAUCGGCUGAGGCCUCUAUCGUACCCGCAGACGGACGUGUUUCUGGUUUGCUUUUCCGUGGUCAGUCCCAGCUCGUUUGAAAACGUCAAAGAAAAGUGGGUUCCGGAAAUAACGCAUCACUGUCAGAAGACACCGUUCCUGCUGGUCGGUACCCAGAUCGAUCUGCGUGAUGAGCAGAGCACGCUGGAGAAGUUGGCCAAAAAUAAGCAGAAACCGAUCACGCUCGAGCAGGGUGAGAAGCUGGCUAAGGAACUGAAGGCGGUCAAGUAUGUGGAAUGCUCGGCACUGACGCAGAAAGGACUCAAGAACGUGUUUGAUGAGGCGAUCCUUGCAGCAUUGGAACCCCCAGAGCCAGCGAAAAAGAGAAAGUGCAAGUUUCUGUAAGCCUCCUUUUUGUUUACCGAGGUUCCGCAGCAGCAUCUUAUACUAACACACGAAGGUGAAAAGAAAAACACACAUUUAACGUGAGUUGAAACAAUUAUUAAAAAUAACUGAAAAUAAUGGAAACCUGUAUUAAACACACAUUUCCUAAGAGUUAAUAAGGAACAGAAAAGAAGAAAACAAGCGAGAAAAAAAAGAUUGGUACUAACACUUUGUUUAGAAGGUAUAAUUAUACUAGCAAGGAUUGGAUAACAAUUGUAUUAAAAAAUGAAUGAGACAACUUUUUUUAAGCAAACAACAAUUAACCAUCCUCAGAUCGAAAAGCAAAACUGUACACACACAAAGUAAUGAUAUAAACAAAUGAAAAAACAAGCAUACAAUUAGUUGCCGUAGAUGGAAACAAGGAAGAGGAAAGAGCAAGCACAGUUAUCUGUGGUAUAAUAUAUUGCUACUAGACAGUUUCAACAAACAAAAAAGCAAGGUAACACAACCAGUAGAAGAACGUACGAGGAGAGCAAAUUUAUACAGCUUUUUAAUAAAUAAAAUUAUUGAAAGUUUAUACCAGAACUAACACAGAGGUCAUUUUCUAGGAGGGAUUUGAAACACAAGUGAGUGAGGGCGUUGAAGUUUUUACCUGAUCGACAGUCUACAAAAACCUGUUCAAUCAGUUGUUUCAGCCACAAUCGAGCAAUUCCUGUUUAGCCUAAAGUUUACACUUGCAAAGCACAGGGCACACAGAUCCCCUCCCCCUUAAUGCUCUUCAUCCUCCCCAGGGUAUGGUUUUUUAUCCAGUCUAAGAGCAGUGUAUUGAGAGAAGAAAAACUACAAAAAAAACAGUAAUACAACUAAGUAUAGUGACAGUUUUUGCGCAGUUAGGUUUUUUAUUAAUUAAAUAUAAUAUAUUUAACAGUACAUAUAAUUGCUAGGAACGUAAAUAACAAAUAACCACAACAAAAAUGUAGUGCAUAUUUGUGGAUGCAAGCACAUGGGGCGGGAAAAGAUCACUCAGAAGAAUAAUUGGUUAAAGUUCGGCAAGAUUUUGAAAAGAUAUCGAGUGACGAGCCUUUUUUCUAGGCAUUUGAAAGAGCGUGGAAAACUAAAACGCCUACGGGGAAACGCUGAGAGUAGGUUGACUGUACAAUUAUAUUUUAUUUUGCUAUAAUCUUUGAUCUUCUGCAAAUGUGCAUUUUUUUCAGACGAAACAAUACACACUAAUUUAUUUGACAUCCAUCUGUUGUGUUAUUCGCGUUUGCCUGAUUCGUUAUUUUAUCAACUAUACGAGUAUUGCAAAACGAACGAUUUCAAACCGGUUGCAAGAGACAUUCAGCUUCCUCUGACUUAUCCGAUUUAUUUCCAUCGGUGAGAUGCUGAUACUGUUGAGUAAGAAGAGAUUUAUAUUUAAUACUUGUAAUUUAAUCUAAAACAUUUUCAUCUGCUUCUAAGUGUGUUUACUUUUUUGUUUCUCCCCGUUUGGUCAUCAUUUACAAGCAACAAAACACACAUUCGAAGUUUAAUUCCAAAAUAGAGAGCAAAAAAUACAGCGUUAGAAACAAGCUUAGUUUUCUAGUUUUGUAAGUCGACUAACUAAAACAAUGCCGUGGAAACAACAACAAUAGAUUGUCGAGGUUUUGCGAAAUCUUGCUAGAGAAAAAAAAAUAAACAGCUCUAAUAUAUAUUUCGUAUAUAUUUUAUUUUAAAUGAAUAAAAAUCAUUAACUUCAUGCCAAAACUA